CACCGGACAGUGGAACAUCCUUCCCUUUUCUGUGCAGGGGACAGACCUGAUACAGUGUGCCCAUUCCCACUCUCGUGCUGCAUCGCAAGGGACAAGGUAUUAACUAUCCUCUCCUGGAGCAACAAACACCCAUCUCAGGCUCUCCCUCAUGCACCGCUGCCAAGUAGGGUGCUUAUAAAACCAGGCAACUGCACCCAACACCUGCGUUUGGCUGAUAAACAACCCCUGCCUGCAUGAUGGCAUGUCCAGGGACACAUUUUCAUUAUAAGCCCAGACAGCGCUGAGUGCAGACACGCUGCAAAUGUUUGCAUUUACACACAUACAAGUAUACACCCACACAGCAUUUAAGCACAGGAUGCAAUGUCCUCUCUCCAUUCCUGGGGCACAUCACCACCUACGGCUGAAGGGGUGGAGUAAGGGCUCUGCAGCUGCAGCAUUGUGCCGGGUGAUGGGAAAUUCCAAGAGCGGAUCCUGAGGGCUUUUGGAGCUUCUGAACCAACACAGCUUCUUCCUGUGCUUUUACAUAAGGUGGCACAUUCAACACCAACUUGAAGGGCUUCACCUGGGUGACUCUACAGGAUGCUGCCGGAUCCUGCCCAUUAGCAAAGCAGGUGUCAGAAAGCAAAUGCACAGCCACAAAAAAUGCCUUCAUGCUCCCCCUCAAAACCAGACAGAAGUGAAGAAGUUUAAAAGCACGUUCCCAUCCUGUGCCAAGCCUGCUGUAAAGGCCCCUGUGCUUCUGAGCUAGCAUUUCAGGGGUUUGAAACAAACAGAAAAACACCCUUACCCCAAAAAACAGCCAAUGCAGCAUGAAAGAGGGGGGGAAAGCAAAAAGUAAAAAUCCCACAGAAUCAACAGGACUGCGCUCACCUCAGGGUUGGUUUGCUUCUGCAGUUUUCUGCAAGUUUAAUAUUAAAUGGCACACAGCAAUGAAAAACUAGACAAGCUCUGUAUUCCCUGCACCUAGCUGUGUGCAGCAGAGAAUUCAUGUCCUGGGGAGGUCUGUGAAGUGCUCUCCCUGGAAGGUUUCUGUGGUGGGAGUGAGGUUUCUAUAGCUGCCCACUGUCAACACUUUUUAAUCGAUCGCCAUUAUCCUGCAAUAACAAUUCCUGCAGGAACUAGUCAGUCGAGGACUCUGUUAUUACAUUAAGAUUCUGCUUCAAGGACUGAAGCUGCUCGAGGCUCAGGCUGGCAGGUAGAAAGCAGCGCUGGCUCAGGGGGACGCAGGGGAGAAGAGACACACAGGGCAUUUUCCCAGGUGUAACUCAACUGGGUCCCGCUAUUGUUUUCCUCCCUGGGAAUCUGUGCAAAUUGAGCAGGAGCCGUGCAAGCUGCUCCGAGCGCGCCCAUUUUGCUUCUCUUCUUCCUUAACAAAAGAUCCCUACAAAGCAAGGCUUUGGAGGCCGGACAUCUGUCGCCGUUUGGGGGGGCCGCCGCGGCCAUUGAAAAGAAGCAGUGACCUGUCAGUUUUGAUUGAUGGCCACAAACCUCUGGGCUCGACCCCUCGUGUGGGAAAAGAAGUCCCGCCAAGGCGAGCUCCCUUUCACAUGCUAAUUCUGGGUUAUAAAUACGGCAGAGGAGCAGAGGAGAGGCAAAGCACCCGCCGGGACUGGCAGCGACCCGCUGCCCAAGUGCCACCCGCGCCCGUCCUGGCAGCGCGCUGGGCGGACAGGCUGGCUUGCAAUGACGGCCGCAGCCAUGGCCGGCGGCGCGCACAGGCUGUCCAGCACCAAGGAGGAGAGGAAGUUAAGGAAACCUCUAAUUGAGCGAAAGCGCAGGGAAAGGAUUAACAACUGCUUGGACCAGCUGAAGGAGACCGUGGUUGGCGCAUUUCACUUGGAUCAGUCUAAACUGGAAAAAGCAGACAUCCUGGAAAUGACGGUGAAACACCUCCAGAACAUCCAGAACAGCAAGCUGAUGGCUGACUCCAAAGUGGGCCUUGAAGCUCAGCAGAGGUACAGCACGGGAUACAUUCAGUGCAUGCACGAGGUCCACAACCUGCUCCUCACCUGUGAGUGGAUGGACAAGACGCUCGGGGCACGCCUGCUAAACCACCUGCUGAAAUCCCUACCCAGGUCUGGUGAAGACACCUGCAAAGCAGCAUUAAGUUCUUCGAGCCCACCUCAGCAUCCUCUCCUGACUCCAAAAACCCCACUGAGUCCUAAAGGGAACACUCCCGGCACAAAUCCAUCUCAGGAGCACUUCUACCCAGUGGAACACAAACCGGCUUUGAAAAAUGCAUUCCAGCCACCCUCGCUGUCAGGUUUCAGCCAGGUCGAUGCUGUGCCUCCCAGACAGGUCUUGCAGCCCAAUUUUUCCCAUAAUAACCCUAGUAUGGGGUCAUUAGAUAUGUGGAGACCAUGGUAAAAUGUGUUUUCAAACGUUUAUCCUAACC